CUCAAAUAUACUGACAAUCAACGCGUCAUCAUUCAUGUCAAGGAUGUUAAUGAUGAACCACCUUAUUUCAUUAAUCGCCCACUCCCUAUGCAAGCCGUCGUACAGCUCAAUGCUCCGCCCAAUACGCCAGUUUUCACUUUACAAGCUCGUGAUCCGGACACAGAUCAUAAUAUACAUUAUUUUAUAGUACGCGAUCGUACAGGCGGACGAUUUGAAGUGGACGAACGUUCUGGUGUCGUACGUACACGUGGCACUGAUCUCUUCCAAUUGGAUAUGGAAUAUGUUUUAUAUGUAAAGGCUGAGGAUCAAAAUGGCAAGGUGGAUGACCGGCGUUUCCAGAGUACGCCCGAAGAGCGUCUAUCGAUAGUGGGUGGUAAGCGUGCACCCCAGUUUUAUAUGCCCAGUUACGAGGCGGAGAUACCGGAGAAUCAGAAAAAGGACUCAGACAUUAUCUCGGUGAAGGCGAAAUCCUUCGCAGAUCGGGAAAUACGCUAUACGUUGAAGGCGCAAGGACAAGGCGCUGGCACAUUCAACAUCGGUCCUUCGUCGGGUAUUGUUAAGUUGGCGAAAGAAUUGGAUUUUGAGGAUUUACGACAGCCGCAUGUCUACUCGCUGAUAGUUACCGCCACCGAGGACUCGGGUGGUUUCUCCACAUCCGUUGAGCUAACUAUACGCGUUACGGACGUUAACGACAAUGCACCCAAAUUCGAGCUGCCCGAUUACCAAGCGCACAACGUUGAUGAAGAUAUACCGCUCGGCACGAGCAUCCUACGCGUGAAAGCUAUGGACUCUGAUUCGGGCGCAAAUGCUGAAAUUGAAUAUCUCGUUUCCGAUGAUCAUUUUGCUGUCGACUCUAACGGCAUCAUUGUCAAUAACAAACAACUCGAUGCUGACAACAACAAUGCAUACUAUGAAUUUAUUGUAACAGCAAAAGAUAAAGGAGAACCAUCAAAAUCUGGCGCCGCUACUGUACGUGUCUAUACGAAAAACAAGAAUGACGAAGAACCGAAAUUCUCACAGCAAGUCUAUACGCCGAAUGUGGAUGAGAAUGCCGGCCCAAAUACGCUGGUCACCACUGUUGUGGCAUCAGAUAAAGAUGGUGAUAAUGUGCGCUUCGGUUUUGUGGGCGGCGGCACAUCGUCCGGACAAUUUGUCAUCGAAGAUAUAACUGGUGUAAUACGCUUACAUAAUAAAGCUAUCUCUUUGGAUCGUGAUAAGUACGAGUUGAAUGUGACAGCCAUGGAUGAUGGUUCGUGUUGUGUUAAUGGCGAUCAUACCAUACACACGUCCACCGCAGUUGUUGUGGUCUUCAUAACCGAUGUGAAUGACAACAAGCCGGUGUUUAAGGAUUGCGGUACCUACUAUCCGAAAGUGGAAGAGGGCGCGCCCAAUGGUAGUCCAGUGAUAAAAGUGGUUGCUACAGAUGAGGAUAAGGGUGUUAAUGGACAGGUAAAAUACUCAAUCGUACAGCAACCGAAUCAAAAGGGCACCAAAUUCACCGUCGAUGAAGAGACUGGCGAAGUGUCCACCAAUAAGGUAUUCGAUCGAGAAGGUGACGAUGGCAAAUUCGUUUCGGUCACUGUAAAAGCUACCGAUCAAGGUGAACCCAGUCUGGAGGGUGUAUGUUCGUUUACAGUGGAGAUAACAGAUGUUAACGAUAAUCCACCUUUAUUUGAUCGACAGAAAUAUGUUGAGAAUGUGAAACAAGAUGCCAGCAUUGGCACAAACAUUUUGCGCGUGUCCGCCUCUGAUGAGGAUGCCGAUAAUAAUGGCGCCAUUGUAUACAGCUUGAGUGCGCCAUUCAAUCCCAACGAUUUGGAGUAUUUCGAUAUACAAGCCGAGUCUGGUUGGAUAGUGCUGAAGAAACCGCUUGACGGUUGCUAUCCACGUGACCGUUAUCGUUUACGGGUGCGUGCCUCGGAUCGUGGUGAGCCACCAUCCUAUGCGGAUGUCGAUGUUGAAUUAGAUGUAGUCGACCGUAAUAACAAACCGCCAAUAUGGGAUAAGAGCAUAUACGGUCCAAUACAUAUACGUGAAAAUGUCACUGUGGGUACGGUUGUAACAUCGGUGAAGGCAAGUUCGGGCAUUGAAGGAAAUCCGACUGUAUUCUACCGUCUUAUGCCUGGGUCAACAGCGCAGACCAAUAAAUUUCACACGUUUUACUUGCAACAAAGGCCGGAUAAUGGUGAUACAUGGGCUGAUAUAAAGGUGAAUCAUCCGUUGGAUUAUGAAAGCAUAAAGGAGUAUAAUCUAACGAUACGCGUGGAGAACAAUGGCGCCCAACAAUUGGCAUCCGAAGCGACCGUCUACAUCAUGCUCGAGGAUGUUAACGACGAGAUACCAUUAUUUACGGAACGUGAACAGGAGACUGUGCUGGAAGGUGAACCCAUUGGCACAAAAGUGACGCAAGUGAAUGCCAUCGACAAGGAUGGCACAUUUCCAAAUAAUCAGGUCUACUACUACAUUGUCGAUUCGCCACGCAAUGAGGGAAAGGAGUUUUUCGAAAUAAAUUUGCAGAGUGGCGAAAUCUUCACGAAAACCGUCUUCGAUAGAGAGAAGAAAGGCGCCUAUGCGCUGGAGGUGGAAGCACGUGAUGGAGCGCCAUCGGCGCGACCCAACAGCAACGGACAACCCAAUUCAGUGACCAAAUUCAUACGUAUUGGCAUCGCCGAUAAGAACGACAAUCCACCCUAUUUCGAUAAGUCGCUCUAUGAAGCGGAAGUGGACGAAAACGAAGAUAUCCAACAUACUGUGCUGACCGUUACAGCCAAAGAUCACGAUGAAUCGUCACGUAUACGUUACGAAAUUACAAGCGGCAACAUUGGUGGUGCUUUUGCUGUUAAAAAUAUGACUGGUGCCAUUUAUGUAGCGGGUGCGCUGGAUUAUGAAACACGACGAAGGUAUGAGCUACGUUUAGCUGCAUCCGAUAACUUGAAGGAGAACUACACGACCGUCAUAAUUCACGUUAAGGAUGUCAACGAUAAUCCACCAGUUUUUGAACGACCCACUUAUCGUACACAAAUCACCGAAGAGGAUGACCGCAAUUUGCCGAAACGUGUGCUUCAGGUCACUGCCACCGAUGGCGACAAGGAUCGCCCACAGAAUAUUGUUUACUUUUUGACAGGGCAAGGCAUUGAUCCAGAUAACCCUGCCAAUAGUAAAUUCGAUAUUAAUCGCACGACAGGAGAAAUAUUCGUACUUAAGCCUCUGGAUCGUGAUCAACCGAAUGGCCGUCCACAAUGGCGAUUUACCGUUUUCGCCCAAGAUGAGGGUGGUGAAGGCCUAGUCGGCUAUGCUGAUGUGCAGGUGAAUUUGAAGGACAUCAACGAUAACGCACCAAUCUUUCCACAAGGUGUCUACUUUGGCAACGUCACUGAAAACGGCACUGCCGGUAUGGUGGUGAUGACAAUGACCGCUGUUGACUACGACGAUCCGAAUGAGGGGUCUAAUGCCAAACUUGUGUACUCUAUUGAGAAGAAUGUGAUUGAGGAGGAAACUGGCUCGCCGAUAUUUGAAAUUGAACCUGAUACGGGUGUUAUUAAGACGGCCGUCUGCUGUUUGGAUCGUGAACGCACACCGGAUUAUUCUAUACAAGUGGUUGCAAUGGAUGGCGGGGGGUUGAAGGGGACGGGGACGGCCUCGAUACGUGUGAAAGAUAUUAACGAUAUGCCGCCUCAAUUUACGAAAGACGAGUGGUUUACCGAAGUGGAUGAAACGGAUGGUACGACAUUGCCCGAAAUGCCUAUACUCACUGUGACGGUGCACGAUGAAGACGAGACGAACAAGUUCCAAUACAAAGUUAUCGAUAACAGUGGUUAUGGCGCUGAUAAGUUCACCAUGGUGCGCAAUAAUGAUGGCACAGGUUCAUUGAAAAUCGUGCAGCCGUUGGAUUAUGAGGAUCAGCUACAAAGCAACGGUUUCCGUUUUCGCAUACAAGUCAAUGAUAAGGGUGAGGACAAUGACAAUGACAAAUAUCAUGUAGCCUACUCUUGGGUAGUUGUAAAAUUGCGCGAUAUUAACGAUAAUAAGCCGCACUUUGAACGCGCUAAUGUAGAAGUUUCGGUAUUCGAAGACACCAAAGUGGGCACUGAGUUGGAGAAAUUCAAGGCGACCGAUCCCGAUCAAGGUGGUAAGAGUAAAGUUUCGUACUCGAUCGAUCGUUCAUCGGAUCGGCAGCGGCAAUUCGCCAUUAAUCAAAAUGGUUCGGUGACAAUACAACGCUCUUUGGAUCGAGAAGUUGUGCCGCGUCAUCAGGUUAAAAUAUUAGCCAUUGAUGAUGGUUCGCCACCAAAAACAGCAACUGCUACACUGACAGUCAUUGUGCAGGAUAUUAAUGAUAAUGCGCCGAAAUUCUUAAAGGACUACCGACCUGUGUUGCCAGAGCAUGUGCCACCCAGAAAAGUUGUCGAAAUUUUGGCCACAGACGAUGAUGAUCGUUCGAAAAGCAACGGACCACCGUUUCAAUUUAGACUCGAUCCCAGCGCUGACGAUAUUAUACGUGCUUCCUUCAAGGUGGAACAAGAUCAAAAGGGCGCCAACGGUGACGGUAUGGCUGUAAUCUCUUCGCUCCGUUCAUUUGAUCGUGAGCAGCAGAAAGAGUACAUGAUACCGAUUGUGAUCAAAGAUCAUGGCUCACCUGCAAUGACGGGCACUAGCACUCUAACCGUAAUUAUUGGCGAUGUUAAUGACAACAAAAUGCAGCCUGGUUCCAAGGAUAUAUUCGUCUACAAUUAUCAAGGACAAUCGCCAGAUACACAAAUUGGGCGUGUCUAUGUUUAUGAUUUGGAUGAUUGGGAUCUGCCCGACAAGAAAUUCUACUGGGAGGCACAGGAGCAUCCACGUUUCAAAUUGGAUGAAGAUUCAGGCAUGGUUACAAUGCGCGCAGGCACACGAGAAGGACGUUAUCAUCUACGUUUCAAGGUGUAUGAUCGUAAACAUACACAAACCGAUGUGCCGGCUAAUAUAACGGUGACAGUGCGUGAGAUCUCACAUGAGGCCGUCAUAAAUUCAGGCUCCAUACGUGUUUCCGGCAUAACGGAUGAAGAUUUCAUACGCGUCUGGAACUACCGGACCCAGAGUUUGAGUCGUUCGAAGUUGGACCGUUUCCGCGAUAAGUUGGCCGACUUGUUGAAUGCGGAUCGUGAAAAUGUUGAUAUAUUCAGUGUGCAACUCAAGCGCCGUCAUCCACCACUCACCGAUAUACGCUUCUCUGCACAUGGCUCACCCUAUUACAAGCCAGUGCGUCUGAAUGGCAUAGUGCUUAUGAAUCGUGAAGAGAUUGAGAAAGAUGUCGGCUUUAACAUCACUAUGGUUGGCAUUGAUGAGUGUUUGUAUGAGAAUCAAAUGUGCGAGGGCUCCUGUACGAAUACUUUGGAUAUUAGUUCGUUGCCGUACAUGGUUAAUGCGAAUAAGACCGCUUUGGUGGGUGUGCGUGUAGACACAUUAGCCGAGUGUACUUGUGGCGCAAGAAAUUUCUCGAAACCCGAAUCGUGUCGCAAUACACCUUGUUACAAUGGCGGACGUUGCGUAGAUACGCGCUUUGGACCACACUGCUCUUGCCCUGCUGGCUAUAAUGGUCCGCGCUGUCAACAAACGACACGUAGUUUCCGCGGCAAUGGUUGGGCUUGGUAUCCACCAUUGGAUAUGUGUGAUGAGUCACAUUUGAGUUUAGAGUUCAUCACACGCAAGCCCGAUGGUCUUUUCAUAUACAAUGGACCCAUUGUUCCACCGGAACGUGAAGAAAUGAUUAUUACCGAUUACAUAGCCCUCGAGUUGGAGCGUGGCUAUCCACGUUUGCUUAUCGAUUUCGGCUCGGGUACUUUAGAGUUGCGCGUGAAAACGAAAAAGUCACUCGAUGAUGGUGAAUGGCAUCGUAUCGAUGUAUUCUGGGAUACAGAGAAUGUACGCAUGGUUAUUGAUUUCUGUAAGUCUGCGGAAAUAAGUGAAAUGGAGGAUGGCACACCGCCCGAGUUUGACGACAUGUCUUGUCAGGCGCGUGGCCAAAUACCACCCUUCAAUGAAUAUCUCAACGUGAAUGGACCACUGCAGGUGGGUGGCAUAUACCGUGAUCUAUUCGAUCCAUCGCUAUACUUCUGGCAUUAUGCGCCCAACGCCAAAGCCUUUGACGGUUGCAUACGUAAUUUGGUAUUCAAUUCAAAACUGUACGACCUGGCGCAUCCAGGUCUUUCACGCAACAGCGUCACCGGCUGUCAGCAAACAGAGGAAGUUUGUUCACAAUCCGAGCAAACAGCGCGCUGUUGGGAACACGGCAAUUGUGUGGGCUCCCUCUCAGAGGCACGCUGUCAAUGUCGUCCCGGCUGGACAGGACCCGCUUGCAAUAUACCCACCAUACCGACCACCUUCAAGCAACAGAGUUACGUUAAGUAUGCACUCAGCUUUGAGCCGGACCGUUUCAGCACACAAAUGCAAUUACGUUUCCGUACACGUGAACAACACGGUGAACUAUUCCGUGUCUCAGACCAACACAACCGCGAAUAUGGAAUUUUAGAAAUUAAGGAUGCGCGUCUGCACUUCCGCUACAAUCUCAAUUCGCUGCGUACGGAGGAGAAAGAUUUAUGUUUGAAUGCUGUCGCAGUUGACGAUGGACAGUGGCAUGUGGUGCGUAUUAAUCGUUAUGGCUCGGCGGCAACAUUGGAGUUGGAUGGCGGCGAAGGACGACGCUACAAUGAGACAUUCGAAUUUGUGGGCCACCAAUGGUUGUUGGUCGACAAGCAAGAGGGCGUAUAUGCUGGCGGCAAGGCUGAAUAUACCGGUGUGCGUACGUUUGAAGUAUAUUCGGAUUAUCAAAAAAGUUGCCUGGACGACAUCAGGCUCGAAGGGAAGCAUUUGCCUCUACCACCCGCCAUGAAUGGCACGCAAUGGGGUCAAGCGACUAUGGCGCGUAAUCUGGAAAAGAAUUGCCCAUCCAAUAAGCCUUGCUCGAAUGUCAUUUGCCCGGAGCCGUUUGAAUGUGUGGAUCUGUGGAAUGAAUAUGAAUGCACUUGCGGCGAAGGACGGGUUAUGUCGCCAGAUGCCAAGGGUUGUAUGGAUCGCAAUGAAUGUCUGGACCUGCCUUGUCUUAACGGUGCCACCUGCAUCAAUUUAGAGCCGCGUUUACGUUACCGUUGUAUCUGUCCAGAUGGCUUUUGGGGCGAGAACUGCGAGUUGGUGCAGGAAGGACAAACGCUGAAAUUGAGCAUGGGCGCCUUGGCGGCCAUAUUGGUUUGCCUUCUGAUCAUACUGAUUCUUGUGCUGGUAUUCGUCGUUUAUAAUCGUCGCCGUGAGGCGCAUAUUAAAUAUCCUGGCCCUGAUGAUGAUGUGCGAGAGAAUAUUAUCAACUAUGAUGAUGAAGGCGGUGGCGAGGAUGACAUGACUGCAUUCGAUAUUACACCGCUGCAAAUACCAAUUGGCGGGCCAAUGCCACCCGAGUUGGCGGCCAUGAAAAUGCCAAUAAUGUAUCCGGUGAUGACGCUAAUGCCCGGCCAGGAGCCAAACGUGGGCAUGUUCAUUGAAGAGCACAAAAAGCGUGCCGAUGGUGACCCAAAUGCACCGCCCUUCGAUGACUUACGCAACUACGCCUAUGAAGGUGGCGGCAGCACAGCCGGCUCGUUAAGUUCGCUGGCCUCUGGCACGGAUGAUGAGACGCACGAGUACGAUUACUUAGGUUCGUGGGGGCCACGCUUCGGCAAACUGGCAAAUAUGUAUGGUGAUGAAGUGAAUCCAGCAGCUGUACAUCCCGAAUUAGGAUUGUAAGGUCGUAGACAGUGAACAAAGAAAAUAUAAAAAGUAACUAAAACCAAAAGGGAAAGACAUUAUUUAGAAAAACAGCGAAAAACACGAAACGAACCAAAAAACAAAAAAUAAAAAACAAAAACUUAAGACAAAAACUGUUACAAACGGACCGACAAAUACAAAAAGGAAACAGUGCGAAGAAAUAUUAUGAAUGAUAAAGCUAAAUUAAAUUAAAUAUAAUAAAGAGUGUAGUACAACCAAAGAUAAAAGAAAAAGAAAAGUAAAGGAGCAACCAAGAAAGAAAGCCUGCAAACUAUGGAGCGAAUUGAAUUAGCAGCAAGAAAAUGACAAACAUUUGUAAAAAAAAAUACUCAUCCCCAUACCAACUUUAUAUAAGACUACUACUACUAUACGUUUAAAUUUAGGCAGCAGCGCAAGAAGGACGGCAGCAAAUUAUUAGUAUUUACAUGCAUGCAUGCAUACAGACAUAUGAAUAAAUGACAGACAAGUUGAAGAGCCAAAAAGAAAAACGAGAAAAUGAAUUCGAUAGCCGAAAACUUGUGCUGAGCGUAGGGUAAAUGUUAAUGAAACCAAAGUAUUUAAAGCUAAGAAGAGACACAAACAAGCAAACAAAAAAAAAGAAAGAGAAAAGAGAAAACAGUAAAUAGUGUAGUCAAAAGUACACACACGUAUCUAGGUUUAUAAUAUACUCAACGCUAGUUUUAUAAGUAUUGUACAUUUUUUUCUGUUAUUAUUUAUUAUAUAUAUGCAUAUGUAUAUACAUAUAUAUCUAUUCAUAUAAAUAUUUUCUAAACUGUAUACUUAAAUAAAGUAAAAUUUUAGUUUCACAUAACAAGACCGUGGUGUGUGGUGGUCAGGUCCGGGCAGGCAAGUGGAAGGAAAGUAGUAGAGUGGAGUAUGACGAAGUGAGGCCAAACGGCCGUUUGUAGGUAGUUUUGAAAAUAUGUUGUAAUAUUUCUCCAUAAAAACAAAGUCCUUCACACAUUUUCGUUACACACAAUGAAAACGCUGACUUGUAAUUGUAGAGCCAAGCCAUUUGUAUAAUUAUAAAUAAUUCAAUAGCAACGACAAUUAGUUACAUAUAAGUACAUACAUAUGUAGGCCAGAAUUGAGCUAAUUUUGUAAAAAAAAAAUUAACAAAUUCAGAUUGAAGAAAAUUUAUUCGGUGUUAUUGGGAAUUUCAUGUAAACAAAUUUGGCCGAACAUUUUUAACGUAAAAAUAAAAUGAAUUUCGACAUUUUGUUUUUGUUUCCUAUUAAAAAUUUCCACAAGAAUUUUUCCACAUAUAACUCCCAAUGAGACCGAUUAUUUAAGACUAAUUUAUAUAAAGCGCUCGAAUAUCAUACCAAAACCACCCGAAAAUAAGUGGGCUUCAAAAAGCGCGUAAAAAAUAUACUUUUCGUCAAAAGCAGCCACUGAGCGAAGCUGAAUAAAUCUUUUACUGAAAUUUAUACUCAACUUCCUGCAGCUUGGUUAGAUCUUAUUUUCUCAUAUAUUUUGCCAAAACUUCCCGCAAUUUAGCACCAGAUCUAUCCGCGCGCACACCAACAUUGCCACAUACAUAUGUACAUAUAAUUUUUGUAUACAACUGAAUGUAUGUAUGUACAUAUUAGUUUCAAAUAAUGAAAAAUAACAACAACCAUAUAAAGGCAAAACACUUAGAUUUUACAUUGUAUGUAUUUUACUUAAUUAGAAAAAAAAUGUGUUUAAGUGCAAAUGUGUGUGAGUAUGCAUUAAAAUUAAUUAACAAUUACUUUACUUUUUAUGUAAACGUAAUUUUGGCACUUAAUGCAUGUAAUUAAUUACAUUUAAAAAAUUACAGAAAUAUAUUAAAAAAUAUAUGUAAUGAAACUUAAGUGUAAUGAGUACCCAAAGACUGUUUUCGUUCCAACAAAAAAGAAAAAUACACAAAAAAAAAAAACAAAAAAUAAAAAGAAUGUAAAAGUAGACAACACGCAGACAUGCAUACUUAAAUUUAAUUAAUUUUAGUAAAAAAAAA